AUAGAAUUGACACCAGGCAGCCUGCACUUCAUACGUCUGACAUAUUGAAGCCAGUGAUAAUGUCAUCAUCCCAGUGCUAUAACACGUCUCGUUCGGCAUUCAUUUUAUAUUUUGCAUUAUUGGUAUUCGUCGUCAAGUGUUCGGCCGGUGGACAAAGGAUAUGUGGAUCUGCUUUAACCGAUGUAUUGGCGUCGGUUUGUGUAAACGGUUUCAAUUAUCGCAUAAAAAGAUGUCUGGAAAUGGAAUAUGGACCCACCGAAACAUCACCGCCCGACGACAGCUGGUAUUAUCGUAUUAAGGAAAUUUUAAGUAAACUCGAACCGAAAUCGACCCAUCAAACAGAUGAUAAGGUCUUCAUUGAAAUAAGUUCCCAUACCCAAACUACUCACAAAGUGAUAAUACGCAAUCGUAGGCAAAGCGCUGUGGGACGUAGCCGUGGUGUUGCCGAUGAAUGCUGCACCAAUGGCUGUGUCUAUGCCGAUAUACUAAUGUAUUGUGCAUAAAAAUGUUUAUUUAUCUUGGAUAAUUUUGCAUUUCUUAGCAUUCAAUAGAAUAUUUUUCUUUUUCGCCAAAUAAAAGCAUUGAAUAGAA